UCGCUCGUUGUUAUUCCAUUGUUCCAGAGAGUUUUGUCAGUGUUUCUCAGUUUUCCUUGUCGUUUCUCGUCUGCGUAGUUACAAUUCAGAGCUUACAGUUUUACCUACAUUGCAGCACGCGUCACAUCGUUCAGCUCCUGCGUAAAUAUGAGCGUUGCUAAUGAAAUUGGCAAGUUUUACAUCAAGUCAGCAUCAACCGGCCAAAGCGUUUCCCUCGGAAGCCUAUGGCAGGACAAGACGUGCGUGCUGAUGUUUUUCCGUCGCUUUGCCUGUCCCUUCUGCCGCCUGGAUGCCGUUCGCAUCAGCGAGAUCAAGCCAAAGUUGGACGCGGCAGACGUUAGUCUCAUCGGAAUCGGACACGAAGAAACUGGGCUGAAAGAAUUUCUGGAGAAGGGAUUCUUUAAAGGAGAUCUUUACAUCGAUGGUGAGAGGAACACAUACAAGGCAUUGAACUUCAAACGGUACAACAUUUUGAGCAUUUUCCCAGCCAUCCUUACCAGUGCUUCCAGAGCUAAAGCUGCAGCUGCCAGAGAUGCUGCUGUAGGUGGUGACAUGACCACUGGCGAUGGCCUGCAAACUGGAGGAACACUAAUCGUCGAGAAAGGUGGCUCUAAAGUGCUGCUGAACUACAAACAAGACACCCCCGAUGCCUACGUCGGGAACGACGCCAUACUGAAGGCACUUGGGCUGGACCCGGAAUCUUCGAAAGAUUGACUUUUCCAGUGACCGUUCACUGCUGCGAACAGUAUUUACUGCGUGUGUAUUUAGCAUAUACGUAUUAUAUUCCCACGUAGAUACGACAGGAUGAUUAUGCGUAAGAGUAACGUAUAUUUACACAGUGUACCCUUUAUUAUGUCAUAUUAAACGU